CAGCACCCACCCAUCUGCAGGUCGCACGCAUCCAUCCCGUACCUGUCCGACGAGGGAGGAGAAAAAAAUGCUGCGCCACGCCGCCCGCCGCCUCGCCUCCCGCGCCGCCGCUGCCGGCAGCGGCUCCAUGAGCCGCAGGGCCCUCGCGACGGCGCAGGCGCCCGCGGAGGCGGGCGAGGACCCCGCCUUCCUGGAGGCGUGGAAGAAGGUGACAACAAUCAUCGAGCCCCCCCAGACGCCCAUGUCGGCCAUGAAGCCCCGCCCGCCCACGCCGGCCUCCAUCCCCUCCAAGCUCACCGUCAACUUCGUCCUCCCCUACAAGUCCGAGAUCACCGACAAGGAGGUUGACAUGGUAAUGGUACCGGCUACAACUGGCCUGAUGGGUAUUUUGCCAGGCCAUGUUUCCACAAUUGCAGAGCUCAAGCCUGGUGUUAUGUCUGUACAUGAGGGAAAUGAUGUUACAAAGUACUUUGUGAGCAGUGGCUUUGCAUUCAUCCAUGCAAACUCCAUUGCUGAUGUUGUGGCUGUUGAGGCUGUCCCCCUUGAUCAGAUUGACCAAAGCUUGGUCCAGAAAGGUCUUGCUGAAUUCACUGCCAAGCUUGGAUCAGCCUCGACUGACCUAGAGAAGGCGGAAGCUCAGAUCGGAGUGGAUGUUCACAGUGCGCUCAGUGCUGCAUUGACUGGUUGAUGAUGACAUCUUACAUUUUUAUGUCCUUUUCAUCCGCAUCUUUAGAAUGUGAGUCGAAGUCGGCAAACUCAUGAACGAGGGUGGAGGGAAUGAUCUUAAAUAAAUUAUACUCCAUCUCAAAGAAAGACUUGUUUCUUCCUGCGAGGAUUUUUGUAAUGGUAAUAUUUUCCUGUGUUCCAAAAUCCAGUGCCGCCUUCGGUUUUUAUUUCUUCAUUUCAAAUGGAAUUGAUUGAUUUCCAUUUCAUAAUUGCAGUCAAAUUGUCAAAAUAUAAUCAAAGUUAUUUUUUUCA